UAGGGCCUUAUUUACAAAAAGUCUACCAAUUUUGUACGUCAUUUUGUAAAUAAAAAUAAACCCUUAAACAUCAUGUUUCAUUGAGCGUGCACUCGCGGUUAAGCAAGCCAGAGAGGGGAUCAGUUAAGUAAGAGGUUACGGCACCAUACGCCGAAGCAUUCUCCUACCAGUCGCUGCCGCAGCCGCUUGUGACCCGGUUGUAACAGUUGAAAGUAAAAGUGGUACCAGCAAGUAAAAUGCAGAUGAAACUAUCACUCUUGGUUGUCGCGAGCGUGGUGGCGUGCGUGUGCGCGCAGGCGCGGCCGCCUGUGUCCGACACCGCGCUCGAAGACGCGCUCAACGACAAGCGCUUCAUUCAGCGGCAGCUCAAGUGCGCGCUCGGCGAGGCGCCCUGCGACCCCAUCGGGAAAAGGCUCAAAACGCUGGCCCCGCUGGUGCUGCGCGGCGCCUGCCCGCAGUGCUCGCCGCAGGAGACCAAGCAGAUACAGCGCACGCUGUCCUACGUGCAGCGCAACUUCCCCGCGGAGUGGGCCAAGAUCGUGCGUCAAUAUGCCGGCUGAACGCCUGCGUAUUUAAUUUAGUGGUUAGAGCGUCGUCGGCGUUGGCUAUUAA